AUGUCGGAUAGCGAAACACGACUUGCGGCAAUUGCGAGCAUUCCAUCACAAAAGGAUAAAACUACUGAAUAUCGUGCUUUAUUGGAAACAAUUCUUACUUCAACGGGCGAAACAGUUUUAGCAGCUGAUCUGGAAAAAUUUGUUGACCACAUAGUACAAGAACAAGUUGGUUUAGUCAUUUCUCGACAAAUUCUUACCGAGUUCGUACUGGGCAUUGAUAAAAUUGGAAAUUCUGCCAUAAAAAAACGUGUUCUAAACUUUGCGCUGAAUAAAGUCCAACCAAGAGUUGUCAGUUUUGAGGAACAGAUUUCAACACUCCGCGAAAAAUUGGCCGAAAUCUUUGAGGCUGAGGAAGACUGGCUUGAAGCUGCUAGGGUGUUGCAAGGAAUUCCACUAGAUUCAGGUCUUCGAACUAUUUCGGAUGAAUAUAAGCUCAAGAUUUAUAUUAAAAUUAUUCAACUUCUUUUAGAAGAAGACGAAGCAGUGUCAACAGAAACGUAUUUAAGUCGCGCCGCGUUGUUGAUUCCUGGUUGUAAGGAUCAAGUCUUUGAUUUCAAAAGAAAGUUCCUUGAAGCUAGUUCGAAAUAUCAUGAGCUGAGUUAUGUACCUGAGUUAGCGCCAGAAGAUCGAACGAACUGUCUUAAUGCUGCUAUUACUUGCGCAGUUCUUGCCGGUGCUGGCCCUCAACGUUCGCGCAUGUUAGCCACGCUAUAUAAGGAUGAACGGGUACAGCGUCUACCACAUUUUUCUAUCCUUGAAAAAAUGUAUCUUGAUCGUGUUUUACGACCAAACGAGGUCAAAGGGUUUGCAGAAACCCUUAAAGAACAUCAACGUGCACGACUCGCAGAUGGCACAACCGUUCUAGAUCGCGCAGUGAUCGAACACAAUCUUUUAUCAGCUUCUAUGAUUUAUAAUAACAUCACAUUUGAGGAACUUGGAUCCUUACUUGCCAUUACUCCAGAUCAGGCUGAGCAAAUCGCAAGUUCAAUGAUUGAGCAGGGACGAAUGCAAGGAACAAUCGAUCAAAUUGAAAGAUUGAUAUUCUUUGAAAGUAAUUCAGCAGGAAAGGCAGUUGGCGGCAUACUCGGUGCAAAAUGGGAUAUAGCAAUUCAAAAUGUUUGUCAUCAUGUAGAGGAGGUUGUAAUUGCAAUCGGAAGCAAAUAUCCAGAGCUCACACAAAUUUUGUAG